UGAAGAAGACAAACCGAAAGUAAGUUGACAAACCGAAAGUAUGUAACCGAAACAUGAAGAUCCGUUAGAGAAACAGAGAAGAUCACAGAUGCGGAGGAGUUCAGACGAGAUCAGAGAGCUCUUGUGAAGAGUAAAAACCUCAUGAUGGAGCCUCAUCACUCCACCGGUGGAGAAGAAACCUCUGACUCAAAACUGCAGACAUUCAGAGCAGAACCUCCAGAGCCCAGCUGUGUGUCUAUGAAAAGCAACAAUUCAAUGCUUGCGCCUCUUGUUUUCAGUGAUGAAAGAACUGCUACUGACCUGAGCUGUGUGAGGGACGCAUCACUUCAGGAUCAGUCCAGGUGUGGAGUGUGUGAGCAGAUUCAGACAGAUCCAGUCUCUAUCAACUGUGGACACACUUUCUGUAGACAGUGCAUCAACAGCUAUUGGAACCAGUCUGCUCAGUCAGGAGGCUUUGCCUGUCCCCACUGCAGAAAGAGGUCUAAGACACGUCCUGUUCUAUAUCAACACAUUAAAGAGUCCAAAAAGCAGGAACCAGUGAGUGAUGUUCUGCGCAGAGUCUUAGAGAGACACAAAACCAGCAUGAAGAACAGGUAUGAGAGCUUAUUUGAGGGAUUCAAAGCACAAGAGAAUAAAACCCUCCUGAACAGGAUUUAUACACCGCUCUACAUCAUAGAGGGAGAGAGUGAAGGAGUGAAUGAAGAACAUGAAGUUUUACAGAUUGAAAAAACACUCUGGGACCAACACUGGCAAGAUACACCAAUUAACUGCUUAGAUAUUUUUAAACCUAUAGAGUGCACUGUAGGAGAAAUGGAAGAAGACAGCAUCAGAACUGUGAUGGCUGAAGAUGUCAGACAUAAAGAAAGAGAAGAAGAUAAAAUUCCACAAGUGCAGAAACUCAGGGCUGUGCUGACUAAAGGCAUUGCUGGCAUUGGAAAAACAGUCUCUGUGCAGAAGUUCAUUCUGGACUGGGCUGAAGGAAAAGCCAAUCAGGAUGUAGAUUUGAUGUUUGUGCUUCCAUUCCGAGAGCUGAACUUGAUUAAAGAUCACCAGUACAGUCUUCUUAGACUUCUGUGUGACUUCCAUCCUGAGCUCAGAGAUCUGGAGAAAAAGGUAUACAAUGAGUGCAAGAUAGUGUUUAUAUUUGAUGGCCUGGAUGAAAACAGAAUUCCACUGAACUUCUUACAAUGUGAGAACAUGUCAGACAUAACCAAGGUGUCAUCAGUGCAUGUGUUGUUGACAAACCUCAUCAAAGGAGAGCUGCUUCCCUCUGCUCACAUCUGGAUAACCUCUCGACCAGCAGCAGCCAAUCAGAUCCCCUCUCAGUACAUCAAUCGUGUGACAGAAAUUCAGGGAUUUGAUGCCCCACAGAAAGAGGAGUAUUUCAGAAAGAGAAUCAGUGACCAAGACCAAGCCGACUUUAUCAUCUCACACAUUAAGAAAACAAGGAGCCUUCACAUCAUGUGCCACAUUCCAGUCUUUUGUUGGAUCUCAGCCACUGUUCUUCAGUACAUAAUGAAACAGGGUAAUACAGAAAUCCCUAAAACUCUGACUGCAAUGUAUUCACGCUUCCUGAACACUCAGACACUCAUGAGGAAUGAGAAGUAUGAGGAAAAUAGUGAGAUAAAUCCAAAUAAUCUCUUGGAAUCCAGCAGAAAUUUGCUUCUGAAACUGGCAGAACUGGCUUUCAAACAGCUGAUGAAGGGUAAUGUGAUAUUCUAUGAAGAAGACCUGAGAGAAUGUGGUAUUGAUGUAUGUGAGGCCUCAGUGUACUCUGGCAUUUGCACUGAGAUUUUUAGAGAAGAAUCAGUGAUUUACCAAAGGAAGGUCUACUGCUUUGUUCAUCUGAGCUUUCAGGAGUUCCUGGCUGCUCUCUAUGUGUUUCACUGCUAUGUGAGGAAAAACAUGGAGGAACUGCAGUUUUUAAAGCCACGGAACACAAAGUGGUCUGACAGUGUUUCUUUGGAAGAGCUGCUAAAGGAAGCUGUGCAUAAAGCCUUAAAGAGUGAGAAUGGACACCUGGAUCUAUUUCUCCGUUUUCUGCUGGGCAUCUCACUGGAGUCUAAUCAACAGCUCUUAAAAGACUUUUUGACUCAAACAGUGAGCAGCUCAGAGAGCAUCAAGAAAACAGUUCAGUACAUCAAACGCAUAAUACAAACAGAAGAUCUUUCUUCUGACCGAUCUAUUAACCUGUUCCUCUGUCUCACUGAAAUGAAUGACCAGUCUUUAUCCAGAAAAAUUCAUGAGUAUCUAAAAUCAGAGGAUUGCUCCAAAAAAAAAAUCUCCUCUGGAGAGUGUUUGGCUCUAGCUUACAUGCUUGUGACUUCAGAGGAGGUGCUGGAUGAGCUGAACCUCAAGAAUUACAGCACAUCUGAGAGGGGAUAUUUGAGAUUGAUCCCAGCUGUGAGCAACUGCAGAAAGGCUGUACUAGCUGGCUGCAAACUCACCCUGAACUCCUAUGAAACUCUCUGUUCUGCUCUGAAAUCAACAAACUCACCCUUGAAACAGCUGGACCUCAGUCACACUGACCUGCAGGACUCAGGGUUGGCACUGCUGUCUGUUGGAUUGAAGAGUUCAAAUUGUAAACUGGAGAUAUUCAAACUAUGUUUGUGUAAUCUUGGGGAAAAAUCUUGUGAAAUUCUGGGAUCAGUACUACAACUGGUAAACUCCUCCCUGAAAGAGCUGGACCUCACUAACAAUGACCUUCAGGAUUCAGGAACAGGGCUGCUCUCAGCUGGACUGAAGAGUCCACACUGUAAACUGGAGAUACUCAUAUUAUCUGGUUGUAUGAUUACAGAGGAAGGCUGUUCUUCUCUGGCUUCAGCUCUGAGUUCAAACCCCUCACAGCUGAAAGAACUGGAUCUGACCUACAACCACCCAGGAGAUACAGGAGUGAAGCUACUCUCUGCUAGACUGGAGGAUCCAUACUGCAGACUGGACACACUCAGGGUGGAUUAUGGGGGGGAGACAUGGAUGAAACCAGGACCAAAGAAAUAUUCCUGUGAUCUCACUCUGGACCCAAACACAGCAAACACACAUCUCUCUCUAGAUGAGGAGAACAGAAAGGUGGUGUGUGCGAGAGAGGAGCAGUCGUAUCCUGAUCAUCCAGAGAGAUUUGAUGAGUAUAAGCAGGUUCUGUGUAGAGAGAGUCUGACUGGACGCUGUUACUGGGAGGCUGAGUGGAGCGGAGAUGUUGAUAUAGCAGUGACUUAUAAAGGAAUCAGCAGGAAAGGACGCAGUGAUGGUCGGUUUGGACUGAGUGAAAAGUCCUGGAGUCUGAGCUGCUCUAAUAACAGAUACAUUGUUCGUCACAAUUAUAACAGCACUGCUACCUCUGGUCCCUCCUGUCAGUCUAACAGAGUAGGAGUGUAUCUGGACUGUCCGGCCGGCUCUCUGUCCUUCUUCAGCGUCUCCACUGACUCACACAGACUGACACACUUACACACUUUCAGAUCCACAUUCACUGAACCGCUUUACGCUGGAUUUACACUUUAUACUGACUCCUCAGUGUGUGUGAGAUAGAAAAGUUUCACCCCUCUCUCUAUCUCUCUUUGUAUCUGUUUCUUUCACUCUCUCUCUUUAUUUCUUUUUGUCUUUCUGUCUCUCCUUUUCUGUCUCUCUCUUUCUGUCUAUUUCUCUGUCUUAGUAAGUAAGUAAGUAAUUGUAAUGGGUUGGAAAUCUUAAUCAAGACUUAUUAACACCCCUAUACAUUUUUUUUUAUAAUAAUUGGGUUUUAAAAAAAAUGAGGUCUUUUUAUGUGUGCUUCUUUUUGUUUGUCUUUGGUUUGGGAUUUCUUAAUAAAUCUCAUGUCCUUUAAAAGCAGAUCAGCUUAAGUAAAAGGGUAGACGGCACUAGACCAGAAGGGGGCACUCCUUACUAAGAGGACAGCUAUGUCUGUGUCCGUUCUCUCUUUUAUUAAGGUGUGGAAACGUUGUUUUAUUUCCUAAUGACUUUAAUUGGCUGGGCUUAGAAUGUAUUUUUAUGUGCCUUGUGUUGUAUGCAAUUUUGCUGCAAUAAUGCCACGCCACUAGCAUUAAAUAUCGCAUCAGUCCAACGAAGCUGCUACAGUAUUUUAUUUGGCUUAUGUGUGAAUGAAGGCUAUGCUAUUGUGCAUGUAUUUGUGUUGUGCUGCUGCUAUAAGUGAAUACGCUCUUGUGAUUGAACUCACCUUUCAAUUUCAGCUGAGACUUUGGCACACUCGGUAGCAACUGAUCUAAUGACCUCAAGGACCUGGAGAAAGGAUAGGGUUUGAGCAGAUCUCCUAUAUAAGAUGGUGCAGAUCAAUUUAGUGUCUUGAAAACAAAUAUAAGAACUUUGAAUUGAAUCCUGUACUAUACAGAGAGGUAUACCAAGACAGGGAUGAUGUGGUCCUUCUUUUUUUUGCCUGUGAGAAGACAAGCUGCUGCAUUAUGGGCUAACUAUAAACAAACUAUUGAGGACUUACUAACACCCGUGUACAAGCUGUUGCAGUAGUCUAAGCGAAAUGAAAUGAGAGCGUGUAUAACCUUCUACAGGUCUUGGUGUAACAGAAGUGAUUUAAUUUUUAAUUUAAGUUGGUAGAAGGAACUCCUGACAAGAGAGUUAAUUUGUUUAUCAAACCUGAGGUCAGGGUCAGAUAUUACCCCAAGGUUAUUUACCUGAGGUUUCACAUCCUCCAACAGUCCACCAAGAUUGUUCAUUAAAACAUUGGUAUGCUUGGGAGAGCCAAAGAGGAUCACUUCAAUUUCAUCUUCGUUUAGUUGGAGACAAACUGCCUUCCAACCAACACUUAAUUUCCUAUAGACAUUCUUUCAUUCAAAAAUGUGAACUUCUUGCAGUUCGUAAUUGUGUUCAGAAAGAAAUUGCAAAUAUUCCUGUGAAGACAGGUUAAAUAUCUAGGUGUUUUGAACUAAAAAUGUUCAAAACACCUAGAUAGAUGUUCAAAACUAAUUUGGAAGAGUUGAAUAUCUUUCCUAUGUUAGUUAAAGUGAAGAGUUUGCUGAAUCUGUGGUUAUCUAGAGACUUGUGUAUUUUAGAUCAUGUUCUUUUGUCUAAAACAGAGGGUGUGUUGAGGCUUGUUUGUCCAUGUCACUCAUUAUAUAUUUCUCUGAAAACAAUUCAGUCAGCCAAUUUUAUCUUAUUUGAUUUUUUGUGGAGGAGUAAAUCAUAUUAUUUACAGAAAUCUCAAGUAAUUAAAGAUUACGAGCAAGGGGGUUUAAAAGCUUUAGGUUUUGAAUCUCUUCUUGGGACGUUCAGGGUUAAAUGGCUGAGAGACUGAAUUACUAAACCCCAGUCUCUGUGGUAUCAUAUUCCUCACAAAAUUUGAAAGAGUUGGUGGCCUCAAAUUCCUUGUUAAGUGUGACUAUCAACGUUCAAGAAUCCCUUUAAAAUUAUCCUUUAUCCAUAAGCUGGAAAAUGAUAUUUUGCCACAAUUUCUCUUCUCCUAAGUCUAUAAUUUGUAAUAACAGGUCUAUUACAUUAAAUAGAAAAUGUUUUUAAAGCCGAUUCGUUUGAAAGAGGAAUUUUCUUUGUUCAGGAUUUACUAGAUAGUGAUAGGUAUUUCUUGUCUUUUUACUGUUUUGUUGGAAAAUAUGUCUUCUUUUUGGCGAUUUUUGGUGAUUUUCACUCUCCUACUUCUUAUAAUGUUGAGGCAGCAACAAGAGAUAAAGCUUUUUAUUUUUAUCAAUAAUACAUGCCAUUAUUCUUUUGGGUAAAUAUCAUAUUCACAUUUGUAAAUGAAAAAAAUGUACACCCUUUUUUAAUUUGUUUAUCUGUGUCUUCACUCAGUUCCUUCAAAGUUUAUCUUUUUUGAAAAAAAAUAACAUAGCAAAUGAACAAAAAACUGUGUAUGUCCAUGACCAAAUAUCUUC